UAAUAGCCCUGUGAUGCUGACACACAGUAGGAAUCAUUCAGACGAAACAAUUGAACUAAUAUCACAUUAUGAAGACAAUGGUCCAGUCACCUCAGCUAGUUUUUCAAAAGACAGAGGAACCACAUGGGGAGGAGAAGAAAGCCAAAAGUGCAUUACUGUUGCUUCUUUACCGGUGGCCUCUCCACAACAGAGUUUCUCUCCCUUUGAGCCGGAAGAAAACAUCAGCCCAUCAGACAGGAUCACAGACAAGGAUGUUCCUAUGUUGGAAAUGAAAGAGAUGUUUGACUCAGUCAUUGAAGAGCUGUGUAUGUACUUUGAAAUUGGUCAAGAAGAAGAGGAGUCAAAUGAGGUACCUACUGAGUCAAGAAAAGAGGACAGUGUACCCUGCGCUAGUCCAUUCUCAAAAUCUCAAGAUGUUACCGUGUCAAGAGACAACAUUCUUGACGUUGAACAAGUGGAGGUAGAAUCUUCAGAUGUCCUCAAAGAGCUUGACUAUGAACAAGAGGUCCCCCUAGAAAGUGGUCACCCUCUUCUCGAAAGAGAGGACUCUAUGUAUUCCAUCAUGAAGAGCAAAGAAUUCAGAAAAGAUGACAACUACAAACCCUGGUCUCCUGCAUUCCUGUCUUUUCCUUUCCUCGGACAUCUUGGUGAAAGACAAGUGGAGUCAUCACCAAAAAGACUGGAGCCUCUGAAAACAUGCAGCCGCCCAAUCCGUGUGGGACUCUCCAAAAAGGCCAGGACAAAGCAGCUGCAUCCGAACCUGAAAUAAGCACAGUCCGAGGCACAGCGAGGUCUGUUCAGAUAUUAAAUAUGGCAACGUGUUUACACUGCAGACCUACAUAUGGACACUAGUUAGAGCAGGUAUUAGCAUUAGUAUUAGUGUAUCCUGUUUUUGCUUGGCCUUGUUCCAAACCUGGUAUGCUUUUUAAUCUAUUUAUGAAUGAGCAUCACUCUAUCAUAUUUAAACUGUAAAAUGUAUGGUAUAUAUUUAUUCAUAUGGUCUUCGGUACCGCGUUUCAUAAUUAUAAAUUUAAGUUGGAAUUGUUCAUGGCUCUCACUAUUUUGUUUGAUACUGUUUAUUCAUUAGCAUAAAAUUGCAUGGUAGUCGGCCCAGACAAAAUGUAGGCACUGUAGUUGGUCGUUAUUUUAAAAACCUUAUAAUUUUAACUCUAUUUUUGUACUGUCUUUGCACAGCAUCUCAGGUUAUAGUUUGUUCUCAGGUAAUAGAAACUUCAAGUACUGAUGUCUUUUCAAGGCAAUGCAGCCUGUCCAAUGAGCCUGAAGCUUUUGGGAAUAUUUACUGGCGUAUUGCUGCUUUAAUUGAUGAUUGAAUAUGUAAAAAUCAACAGUGGACUCAUUCUCUUAAUAGACCAAGCAGCGUCAUAAUAGCAGCACCCAUGGAGAUAUGAAUAGAGACACAGAGAGACAGGGAUAGAGAGAUUUUAAAAGCUCCCUGUUAUGCCAUUGACAGAUCAGGACAGUAACUUCUAAAAGUUCUUCCUUGCAGGAGGGAUUUAUUUUAUAAGAAUCCCUGCAAAAACAUCAGGAACAAAACAAGAGCUUUACUCAAUAUCUAAUAACUGUGUGAGAGGCAGAAAAUGGUAGAGAAUGGUGGCAUCAUUGAGGUUCUUGGCUCCCGAUUACAUCCUGGUAGCUGAAAGGUAUCUGCUUGCAUAAUUUCAUUCAGUGAAUUGAUGUCAUUUGCAUUUGGACAAGAAUACUCUGCGCCCUCUUGAAGUCUGAGUGCACCGAAACAAACCAAAGACCAUAACACCAAAUGCUAAUAGCUGUAUUGGCCUUUAAAAAAACAUAAAUAUGAAAAAAUAGUAAAAUCAGAGUUUGCCCAGCAUCCUUUUAAAAUGGAUCCCUGGGGUUGCACCACAAAUGAUGCAAAGAAGGUAAUUUAAGAUAGUUUCCCAUGUGAUAUGGUUACAUCUCAUGUUGUCUCUGCAUUGAAACCGUAUUCAACCAUGCUUGAAUGUUAAAUUGUCUAGUGUGCUUUGAUGGUCAAGAGAUUCCAAACAGCCACCUUUUUUUCCGGUCCUUAUGCAAACCUUAUUUCAUUAGUGGUCAGGGUUGGGUGGUUUCUCCAAAAACCAAUCAAGUGCUUCUGUGACAUGAAAGGGAGAGCACAGCACGGAUUUUGAAGACAUCAAAGCUCUGGACAGAGCCAGAAGGCCUUUUUUGAAGUUCUUAUGAAAUUACUCUCUGCUAGCCGACCACGUCAUUCUUCUAACUACAAGCACAAAAGCAGGGUCCAGUGAUUGUGUGCGUUGUGUGUGCAUUAUCUUAGGGGUGAUGGAGGCAAUACUACAUACUAAUUUUACUGUAUGUACUGAAUAAAUUGCGCAAUGUUGGAAGAAUACAUUUUUUUUCUCUUGUACCUGAAUAGCUUAAAAAGAAACGUUUUGGCCUUGAAAUUCCAUAGGGUACAUACAUACAUGUUUUUCCCGAUAGUUAGCUUUUACACUCUACAUUCCUUGUAGUGGAGAUUGUCAGAACUGGAGAGAACACUGUGACCUUACAUCUGUAGAGACAAAGAAAAAGGCUGCCUGGAGUCUGUUAUGUCACCCAUAACAUAUUAGUUUUUCAGCCAACCUGCGCAAGACAUCAGCAUACUAAUCUGCAUGUAGCGAGAUUCUUC